GUUAGUAACUAAAUAGCAAUAUAAUAUCAAGAUAACCAGCUAGUUAAACUGUUACAACGCUUCGGUUCACCACACAAGCUAGCAUAGCAAGCUAACGAGCAAGAAAUGCAAAUAAACUUCGGAUUAUUAAAGUACUGAAUUAAUAAAGUUUAAACAGUUUAGUACAGAGUCUCUGAAAACUAUUAGAUUUGUCUCUUUUAAGAUAACUAAAGUUAAUCUUCGAUUUUCAGGUGGAUCUGAGGAGGAUGUGGGCCGAGCAGAAGCGAGGGAUCCACGUCACACAGGAUGAGCUGCUCUGCAAAGAUGGCUGUGGGUUUUAUGGCAAUCCAGCCUGGCAGGGAUAUUGUUCCAAAUGCUGGAGAAAGAGGACACGCACGACUGAAACCAUCAAAGAGGAUCACGGGCUUCCUGAUGGACAUUCCCAGGUUAACUUGUCUAAAACAGAAGAGAAGAAAAAUGCUAGACGCUCCAACUCUCUUAUGCGACUCUUCUGGGGCAGUUCUUCACCACCACAGCAAGAGUCACCUGAAAGUGAGGAUGCAGCCCUAAAGGCCUUUCAGAGCCUGGAGCCUGGCGAUUUCCCUGGAUUCCUCAAACUUCUGCGCAAGCCGCCCGCUCAACGUCUUCAAUCACGCUGCACAACCUUCCUCGACACAAUCGAGGCUUACCAUAACCUGCCUGUACAGAAACAGUCAGACCUGGUGCAGGAUUUCUACCAUAGUAUUUCUAUUCACUUCGAUGGUCUGUCGGAGCCGCAGGUUUCUCAGAUGAUGGAACAUGUCGAGAAGUUGAUCAUGACUCGUCUCCACAAGUGGGUGUUCUGCCAUGACAGCUGUGAUGACGAACAGAAGGAUCUAACACUCCAGAGAAGAAUCAAGUCUUUGAACUGGGUCACUCCUGAGAUGCUGCGUGUGCCUUUUCCAAAGGGAGGCUCGGACACCAGUGACCCGUAUUUACCUGCAAUUACAGCCAUCAUAGAGAUGGACGCUAAGCGUGCACCUCAGGACAAACUGGUCUGUCUGUCCAAGUGCAGUCAGCAUGUUUUCCAAGCGCUCGCCUCAGAGAGCCAGCAGCCGGCAAAUGCGGAUGACUUCUUGUCCGCUCUUAUUUAUGUCGUGCUACGGGCCAACCCACCCCGUCUGCACUCUAACAUAAACUACAUUGUCCGCUUUGGUCUGCCACACAGCCUGAUGGCAGGGGAGAGUGGUUACUACUUCACCAACCUGUCAUGCACUGUUGCCUUUAUUGAGAAGUUGGACGCCCCAGCUCUUAACCUCACUCCGGAGGAGUUUAACAGCUACAUGCAGGGCCGAAGAGCAUCGGCCGUGCUAGUCGAAAACAACGGCCAAAGGAGAGCCCAGGAAAACCGAGAGCAACUUGAAAAACUGAAGACCCGGCAAGAUAAGGUCGAACAAGGCGCACGUGCUUUUCAGGAGCAGCUGGAUUCGUGGGUACGUUCUGUGCAGGGCCAAAUAGAUGAAGUCAGGGCUCAGUCAGUGUUGGUCCUAAAGGAUGUCGGAGCUGAAUCUCAGCCUGGAAAAACCGUGUGCUGACUGUUCUUUACUUGUGAUUUGUUUGUCAUCAUGCUGAAUCUGCACUGCUGGAUUAAAUGAAAUUUAAACAGAAGAUAGUAAAUCUUUUUAUUUUCUGUUAUUUUGCACUGAUGCUGCAACCCAGAUUUUGCCAGGUUUUGCAAUGUCAUGCUCUUGUAACAUCAGUAUUAUUGCAAUGACAUUUAAGAAGCCCAAUGUGCGCUUAUUCUCUCAUAUUCCAUGUCAGGUACCUUCUAUAGUUCUUUAACAGGGUCCCAGGGCUUCGUUUAUGAGCGCAAGCCAUGGCUCGUUUGCCAUCAUUGCCUCACCGUCAGUGCGUUUUAGCUCCUGCUAGUUGCAGGUCAGUGUAAAGCUGCACAUCAGUUCAUCGGGGAAGAGAAGUUCUUACUGAGCACAGCAGGGUCCUCAUCAGUGAGGAAUAUGGAUCAGUAAGUUCUCCUGAAAAACAAACACUUUUCAGGACCUCAACACCAGGAAUAAUGACAAGCUGAGCUUUAUGGCAGUAAGUUCAUAAGCUUUAGACUAUACUAAAUAUAACACUAAAACCUUGGUGCUGUAAAACUGCUAAACUCUCAAUAUCUUGGCCAACAUCCACUUAGAAGCAGCAUUAUUAAGUCAUCCACUAAAUUCAUUUUAGCCUGAAGUCACUGGAAAGCUAUGCAAAUAUACACACACAGCUUUCAGAUGAUCUUUUUGACCUAGGCUCUGUGUUCAUUGUAUUCUGGAGAACUGCUUGAUUUACUCGAUGUUUUUGAGUUGCGGAACUGUACUAGUAAUAAUUUUUCUUCUGGCAAAUUAACCAGUAAAGUAGGUACACUUUAGCUCUUGACAAUUUCCUUUUCUCUUUUGGUUUUUUUUUCCUUUGGUACAUAAAAAAACCUCAAAACAAGCAGAAACUGGCAGUUUGGUGCUGGCUCUAGAUAUUUAGAUGCAGUACGUGUCUUAGACGUUGCCAUUUCUCUUCCUGUAAGUAGUGGUGUGGUUACUGUGACUUGUUCUGAAUGAGGUGUGUGUGUGAUGCAGCUAUUAAUGAAGAAAUAAAUUUUUUUGUAGCUGUUUCAUCUUGAUUGAAGCUGUUUAUUUAAAUAUUGAAAAUGAAGGAUUUAUAAGUAAGGAAAUAAAUUAAUGUGAAAAUUAAAGUUAUUAAUAAAAUGAAUUCCACAGA